AUGUUGUGUCCCGUGAUUUUCCUCAUAGCGGCAUGUCUGGGUUUCGGACAUUGUGCCCCAGCCCAGGAGCCGAUGCCACUGAAAAUGACUGCCUCGAUGCCCAGCCGCUCGAGUAUUCGUGUAGCUUGGUUGCCUCCAAAAGAUACAAGCCAAUGCGGAAACCAGUAUGUGGUCAUCGUCCGCAAUGCAACAUAUCAGCACAAGGCUACUGUGUCGAAGCCAGAAUUCAUACUAAAUGCCAUCAAUCUCUACUCCAGUUACCUUUUCACAGUACACGCUGUUGACAAGAAGGGACAGCCGUUCCGCUCUUACUCAGCACUUUCAGUAACGAUUAAAACCAGUGCAAGUUUGGUGCCCAUGGGUAUGACUGCCACGAUGUUGAGUGCGACGAGCAUGCGUUUAACUUGGAAGCCUCCAACGGAUGCAAGUAAAUGCGGAGACAAGUAUCUGGUCAUCGUCCGCAAUGCAACAUAUCAGCACAAGGCUACAGUGUCGAAGCCAGAAUUCGUAAUGAACAACAUGAAAAUACCUUCCACUUACAUUUUCACUAUACACGCUACGGACAAGGCGGGCAUGCCUUUGGACGCUUCAGCAACACUUUCAUUAACGAUUAACGUCAACGAAGAGCCGAUACCAAUGAAUCUGACUGCCUCGAUGCCGAAUCCCUCGAGCAUUCUUUUCGCUUGGAAGCCUCCAAAGGAUACAAGUCAAUGCGGAAACCAGUAUUUAAUCAUCGUCCGCAAUGCAACAUAUCAGGACAAGGCUACCGUCACGAAGCCAGAAUACGUACUUCCAAACAUCAAUAUCUAUUCCAGUUACAUUAUCACUAUACACGCUACUGACAAGAAGGGCCAGCCGUUCCGUUCUUACUCAUCACUUUCAGUAACGAUUAAAACCAACGGUAAAUUAUCAUUAUCAUUCAUACCGUACUGCAUAAUUACUAACGCAAUUUCAAGCUCAAGUUAA